GUUGAUCGCACCUUCUUUAGGGUUCUUUCGUUUGGUGGAAGAAGGGCUGGCCUCAAGAAUUUGUGGGGGGCGGGAGGCCGGUUGCUUGAAAGAGAUGCUGAUCUUAUUAACUCCACGAAGUGGAUCAAGCUGUGCAAUAGCUGCAAAAGUGGUUUCUGCAAAUUAUUUGGGACCGAUUGAGGUUUUAAGCUGAAGAUGCUGGUGCUGAGUGGCCUGCGGGUCAUUCUUCAAGCGACUCCAUGCAAACUGUUGAGGAGAAGGUUCCAGAUACCCGAGUUGCUGCUGGUGAGGUCAUGCAGCCUUUACACAUGCACGUACAAGUCCCGGAACCGAACCUUGCAUCCACUCUGGGAGAGCCUGGACCUCGUGCCUGGGGGCGAUCGGCAGUCACCUAUCAACAUCCGCUGGAGGGACAGUGUCUACGACCCCGGCUUAUCACCGCUGGCCAUCUCUUAUGAUCCGGCUACCUGCCUCCACAUCUGGAAUAACGGGUACUCUUUCCUUGUGGAAUUUGAAGACUCUACGGAUAAGUCAGUAAUCGAGGGAGGACCCCUGGAGCACAGCUACCGUCUGAAGCAGUUCCAUUUCCACUGGGGGGCCAUCGAUGACUGGGGAUCUGAGCACACGGUGGACAGCAAGUGCUACCCCGCAGAGCUGCACCUGGUGCAUUGGGAUGCAGUCAAAUUUGAAAGCUUUGAGGAUGCAGCAGUGGAAGAAAAUGGUUUGGCUGUGGUUGGAGUCUUUCUAAAGGUAGGCAAGCAUCAUAAGGAGCUACAGAAAUUGGUGGAGACUUUCCCAUCCAUUAAACAUAAGGACACCCUGCUGGAAUUUGGCUCGUUUGACCCUACCUGCCUGAUGCCCAGCUGCCCAGAUUACUGGACUUACUCUGGGUCUCUGACCACGCCACCCCUCUCUGAGUCUGUCAUCUGGAUCAUUAAGAAGCAGCCAGUGGAGGUUGAUCGCAGUCAGCUUGAGCAAUUUCGGACCCUGCUUUUCACCUCUGAGGGGGAGAAAGAGAAACGAAUGGUGGACAACUUCCGCCCCCUUCAGCCUCUAAUGAAUCGUACUGUUCGCUCAUCCUUCCGUCAUGAUUACGUGCUGAACAGACAGGGAAAUCCCCAGCGCGGGCCCAGCCCCGAGACCCCCUCCGGUGUCCACAUGUAG